AUGGAGCCCACACCGCGCCCGUCACGAUCCUCGUCGUCGGCCUCUCGCAAGGCCAACCUGACGCUCGACCUGUCCAACCUCCCGCCGCUGGUCCAGCCGACACCGCCGUCCAACACUCUGCUGUUCACGAACCUCACCAACCCCGACGUCUUCCGGCCGGAUAACCUGCAAAGCAUCCGCGACCUCAUCACCAAGACGGCGCCCAUCCACGCCUUUGCGCCGCUCAAGUCGUUCCGCCGCAUCGUCGUCUCCUUCUUCGACAUCGACGCCGCCAUCGCCGUCCGGCAAGUCUGGGACGGCGAGGCCGUCCUCGGCGAGCGCCUGAAGGUCUACUACGGCCAACAGACCUCCGUCGAGGCCAAGGACGAGCACCUCGCCCUCCCCGACGCCGGCAAGCUCUUCUUCAUCUCGCCGCCGCCUAGCCCGCCCCACGGAUGGGAGAUGCGGCUGGAGGACGCGCCCAACAAGAUGGUCCACGCCGAUGACCUCGCCGAUGCCCUGGCCAAGCUGCACCAGCGCAGGGACGCCGUCGAGUCCCCGCUGAGCCCCGUCGAUGGUGCGCUGCUCGGCGGCCGGGGCAGGAGCCGCAGCUCCACGCUCAUCUGGCACCCCGAGGAAAACGGCUGCAGCCCCGAUCUGCCCGCCGUAGUGGUCGAGGACAUGACGGACAAGCCCGAGGAGAUCAGCCCCCUCGAGGCCUCUCGCCCCAUCAUGGCGCACACAGCCCGGCCGCCCGUCGAGCUGAUGCACCAAGCAUAA